UCUUGAACCAGAUGCUCGUAUAGAGAAGCAAGCAGGAAGGGGAGGCUUUCUAAGGCGGUGGCUCCGGGAAAUCUGGGCCCUAGGCGUCUCCACUUAUCCCAGGAUUUGGGAGAUACUGGGAAACAGAGUCAGCGACAACGGGAGCCGGAGCUGGGUCAGGUUUGCUGGGAGACCCGAGAAGGAAAGGAAGGCGAUGGAGGCCGGAGAAGGAAAGGAACGCUUUCAGAAACAAAGGCAAGUCUUAAUAUUCUUUGUUUUGCUAGGCAUAGCUCGAGCUGGUUCCGAGCCUAGGCACUAUCCAGUGGCCGAGGAAAUGGAGAGUGGCUCUUUUGUGGCCAAUUUGUUAAAAGACCUGGGGCUGGAGGUAGAUGAGCUAGCUGCGCGGGGGCCCCGGGUCGUUUCCAAAGGGAAAAAAGUGCGUUUGCACUUCGAUAGGCAGACCGGGGAUUUGUUGUUAAAUGAGAAACUGGACCGGGAGGAGCUGUGCGGUCCUACCGAGCCCUGUGUGCUACCUUUCCAGGUUUUAUUGGAAAACCCCCUGGAGUUUUUUCAGGCCGAGCUACGGAUUAGGGACAUAAAUGAUCAUUCCCCGGUUUUCCUAGACAAAGAAAUAAUUUUGAAAAUUUCUGAAAGUAUCACUCCCGGAACUGCUUUCCUAAUAGAACGUGCCCAGGACUUAGAUGUAGGAAGCAACAGUCUCCAAAGUUAUACAGUCAGCCCCAAUUCCCAUUUCCAUCUUAAAUUACAAGACAGUCCCGACGGCAUAAUAUUACCACAGCUGGUGCUGGACAAAGCGCUGGAUCGCGAGAAACAGCCUGAGAUCAGGUUAACCCUCACAGCGCUGGAUGGCGGGACUCCACCCAGGUCUGGCACCGCCCUGGUCCGCGUUGAAGUCUUGGACAUCAAUGAUAACGCCCCCGAGUUUGCAAAACUGCUGUAUGAGGUGCAGGUUCCGGAAAACAGCCCCAUUGGAUCCCAGGUUGCCAUUGUCUCUGCUAGAGAUUUAGACAUUGGAGCCUAUGGAGAAAUAUCUUAUGUAUUUUCCCAAGCCUCUGAAGAUACUCGCAAAACUUUUCAAAUAAAUGCAAAAUCGGGAGAACUCCUUUUAAGACAGAAACUGGAUUUCGAAUCCAUUCAGACUUAUACAUUAAAUAUUCAGGCGACAGAUGGUGGGGGUCUUUCUGGAAGUUGUGUGGUGUUUGUCCAAGUGAUGGAUUUGAAUGACAACCCUCCGGAACUGAUCAUGUCAACACUUACCAAUGAAAUCCCAGAAAACUUGCAGGAGACCAUAAUCGCUGUAUUCAGUGUUUCAGAUCCUGACUCAGGAGACAAUGGAAGGAUGGUUUGCUCCAUCCAAGAUGAUCUUCCUUUCCUCCUUAAACCUUCUGUUGAGAAUUUUUACACGCUCGUGACAAACACAGUCCUGGACAGAGAGAGCCAGGCCGAUUACAACAUCACGAUCACCGUCACCGAUUUGGGGACCCCCAGGUUGAAAACCCAGCACAACAUAACCGUGCUGGUCUCCGACGUCAACGACAACGCCCCGGCCUUCACCCAAACCUCCUACACCCUGUUCGUCCGCGAGAACAACAGCCCCGCGCUGCACAUAGGCAGCGUCAGCGCCACAGACAGAGACGCGGGCGCCAACGCCCAGGUCACCUACUCGCUGCUGCCGCCACAGGACCCGCACCUGCCCCUGGCCUCCCUGGUGUCCAUCAACGCCGACAACGGGCAGCUGUUCGCCCUGAGGGCGCUGGAUUACGAGGCCCUGCAGGCCUUGGAGUUCCGCGUGGGCGCCACGGACCGCGGCUCCCCUGCGCUGAGCAGCCAGGCGCUGGUGCGCGUGCUGGUGCUGGACGCCAACGACAACUCGCCCUUCGUGCUGUACCCGCUGCAGAACGGCUCUGCGCCCUGCACCGAGCUGGUGCCCAGGGCGGCCGAGCCGGGCUACCUGGUGAGCAAGGUGGUGGCGGUGGACGGAGACUCGGGCCAGAACGCCUGGCUGUCGUACCAGCUGCUCAAGGCCACGGAGCCCGGGCUGUUCGGCGUGUGGGCGCACAACGGCGAGGUGCGCACGGCGCGGCUGCUGAGCGAGCGCGACGCGGCCAAGCACAGGCUGGUGGUGCUGGUCAAGGACAACGGCGAGCCGCCGCUGUCGGCCAGCGUCACGCUGCACGUGCUGCUGGUGGACGGCUUCUCGCAGCCCUACCUGCCGCUCCCGGAAGCGGCGGCCGACCCGGCCCAGGCCGACCCGCUCACGGUCUACCUGGUCAUCGCGUUGGCGUCGGUGUCGUCGCUCUUCCUGUUCUCGGUGCUGGCGUUCGUCGCGGCGCGGCUGUGCAGGAGGGGCAGGGCCGCCUCGUUGGGUGGCUGCUCGGUGCCCGAGGGCCACUUUCCGGGCCACCUGGUGGAUGUCAGUGGUACUGGGACCCUUUCCCAGAGCUACCAGUAUGAGGUUUGUCUGAUGGGAGGCUCAGGUACCAACGAGUUCAAAUUCCUCAAACCGAUUGUCCCCAACUUACUUGUUCAGGGUGACGAGAGGGUUAGUGAAGCAAACCCCAGUUUUAGGGAUUGCUUUGAAUUCAGUUAAGAAUCAGUAAGGGUCUAUUGAGCCUAGUCUGUUAAUUUGUGGGAAAUCCUUUUUAACUGUUCGCUUAGGGUGGUUGCUUCUUUUUAUUUGAAAUGUAAAUCUCUCUUUUCAAUUCAGUGCAUGAUGUUUCCAAAUGUGUUGCUUUGUGGUAUAAUGAAUGCAAAUUAUCUUUGUAUUCU